AGCGGAGCUUGAAACCUCGCAGCCCAAGAGGAAGAAAAUGAAUAGUGCCAGGUCAGAGCUUUUGGCCCAGUGGACCUCAAACCGCCCCCAGGGAUCCAGAAGCGGCCUCAGCGGCAGCCACCAACCCCAAUAGCCGCUCACGCUGCUCUAGACUGCGGAGGAGAGCGGCCCGAGCGGGUGACUGAGGCUGUGUCACCUGAGCGCGCCGCCGCACACCUGAGGGCUGUCCGCCCGCGGAUGGGACUUGCGGACCCCGCAGAACUUAGAUCAUCUUUGAAGAAACGGACAAAUAGAGCGAAAGAAACCUAAGAGCAGGCUUCACUGAUCCAUGCCGCUGCCCUUCUGGUUCCCCAAGUUUUUGAAAGCUGGCCACUCUGACUGCCGUUCCAGAAAAUUGACAGCCACCGAGACCCGGCUCUAAGGAGGCAAAGGCUUGGCAAGCUCCACAUCGCGCGUGGCGAGGCUGAGGACAGGUUGGAGGCGUGUCCAGGACACUUGAGGCUUGACACUGGGGUUUUACACGGCUCCCACCGCCGCGGCCACCACAGACCCAGCCUCGCAGUUCAAGGCUGUGUAUCGCGGCCAUCAUCAUGACCACCCCUGGGACCAACACGUCCGCCUCUUUGAUCCCAAACAGCCCGGUGACCAUCCCGGCGGUGAUGUUCAUUUUCGGGGUGGUGGGCAACCUGGUGGCCAUCGUGGUGCUAUGCAAAUCGCGCAAGGAGCAGAAGGAGACGACCUUUUACACGCUGGUGUGUGGGCUGGCCGUCACUGACCUACUGGGCACGUUGCUGGUGAGCCCAGUGACCAUUGCCACGUACAUGAAGGGCCAGUGGCCCGGGGGCCAGCCGCUGUGCGAGUACAGCACCUUCAUCCUGCUCUUCUUCGGCUUGUCGGGCCUCAGCAUCAUCUGUGCCAUGAGUAUCGAGCGCUACCUGGCCAUCAACCACGCCUACUUCUACAGCCACUACGUGGACAAGCGGCUGGCCGGCCUCACGCUCUUCGCGGUCUACGCGUCCAACGUGCUCUUCUGCGCGCUGCCCAACGUGGGCCUCGGCAGCUCGCGGCUGCAGUACCCGGACACCUGGUGCUUCAUCGACUGGACCACCAACGUGACGGCGCACGCAGCCUUCUCCUACAUGUACGCGGGCUUCAGCUCCUUCCUCAUUCUCGCCACCGUGCUCUGCAACGUGCUGGUGUGCGGCGCGCUGCUCCGCAUGCACCGCCAGUUCAUGCGCCGCACCUCGCUGGGCACCGAGCAGCACCACGCGGUCGCCGCCGCAGUCCUGGCCUCGGCCUCUUGCAGGGCCAACCCGGCCACCGCCUCCCCCGCCCUGCCGCGCCUCAGCGACUUUCGCCGCCGCCGGAGCUUCCGCCGCAUCGCAGGUGCCGAGAUCCAGAUGGUCAUCUUACUCAUCGCCACUUCCCUGGUAGUGCUCAUCUGCUCCAUCCCGCUCGUGGUCCGAGUAUUCGUCAACCAGUUAUAUCAGCCAAAUUUAGUACGAGAAGUCAGCAAAAACCCAGAUCUGCAAGCCAUCCGAAUUGCUUCUGUGAACCCCAUCCUGGACCCGUGGAUAUAUAUCCUCCUUCGGAAGACAGUGCUCAGUAAAGCGAUAGAGAAGAUCAAAUGCCUCUUCUGUCGCAUCGGCGGGUCCCGCAGAGACCGUUCAGGACAGCACUGCUCAGACAGCAGGAGGACAUCUUCUGCCAUCUCUGGCCACUCUCGCUCCUUCCUGUCAAGGGAGCUGAGAGAGAUCAGCAGCACAUCUCAGACCCUCCUUUACAUGCCAGACCUCGGUGAGAACGGCCUCGGCGGCAGAAAUUUGCUUCCCGGUGUGCCGGGCAUGAGCCUGCCCCAAACCGACACCACCUCCCUGAGGACUUUGCGAAUAUCAGAGACCUCGGACUCCUCACAGGGGCAGGAUUCGGAGAGUAUCUUAUUGGUGGAUGAGGUUGGGGGGAGUAGCGGGGCUGGGCCUGCCCCGAAGGGGAGCUCCCUGCAAGUCACAUUUCCCAAUGAAACACUGAACUUAUCAGAAAAAUGUAUAUAGUAGCUGAAGAAAGAAAUACAGCACUAUUUCUGGAAGCUUACAAAAUCCUGUGCAAUAGACACAUAAAUGAAAUGUUUAGCUGUGCUCAGAAGGGCUAUUUUUGUCCUGUGACUCACAUUAGAAAACAUCUGGUUUUUGAAUGCUUUUUAAACAAGUUGAUUCACGUGGCUCUGAGGUCUGAAACACAUUGGUGGCCACUACUCAGUGACACAGGAUUUCAGUCAGAACUUGACUGCUGGGAGGAUCUACCUUCAGUUUUCUACUUGACAGGAGGAUGACAGAAGUUUUAUUUUCAUAAUGUCAGGAACUUUAUAUCUGGCACACAGCAAAAAAAAAGGCCAGGUAUGGAAGGGCUUUUGUCCAAUAAAGUAUAAGGACUAUCUUAUGGAUGAUUUAAGUCUCACUAAAGCAUGAAAUGUGAAUUUUGUUGUUGUAAAUAUGAUUUAAUGUAUUUAAAGUAUUUUCUUCUCUGUGAGAAGGUUUAUUGUUAAUACAAGGUAUAAUAAAAUUAUAGUAGCCCCUCUCCACCCAAUAUAACCAGCUGACGUUGCAGAUGUUAGAUUUUUUUCAUAUACAAAUUGAAGCCAAGCUGUUAAAAAUUCACAGUGAAAUUCCUAUUA